AUGUUCCGCCUCGCCGUCCUCGCCCUACCUGCCCUCAGCAGCGCAGCGAUCCUCCCACGCGCAGAGCCCUCCAACCUCCUACCAACCCCGUAUCAUGAAGCCUCUGCCCGGCGGCCCUCCAUCCCCGAGCCGGUGCACAUAACUUGGACCGAGGCCGACGUCUUCGCCAAAGGCGGCAACGCGACCGCAGCGCCGGCCCAAGAGCCAGACGAGGCGGUGCACUUGGCCGCCCUGCAGGCGCGCGGAAUAAUCGGCGCCGACGACCGCGUCGUCCUCACCGACACCAUCUACCCGUUCUCGGCGAUGGGGCGGCUGCGCGUCAACUUCCCCGGCGGCGCAUCGUCAUGGUGCUCGGCAUCGCUCGUCGGGCCGCGCGUCGUCGCCACCGCGCGGCAUUGCGUCUCCCCCGGCGCCAGCUACAGCUUCUCGCCCGCGUACCUGGACCGCGACCGGCUGCCGACCGGCAACGUCGUUAGCAUCAUCAGCCUGAGGCAGAACGGGGAGCUGCAGGGCUGCGAGUGGCGCAACGACUGGGCGCUCAUGAUCCUAGACCGCAGCCUGGCGGCGUCGUCGGGCUUCUUCGGCGCGCGGCCCUGGGACAACUCGGUCGCGCGGCAGAGCAUCUUCCGCACGUACGGGUAUCCCCAGGACCGGAACCCCACGGGCCAGCAGCCGUACGUCCAGGGGACGUUCCCGGCCUGGGUCGAGGGCGGCUGCGACAACGGCGGGCCCGUCUUCUUCACCGCCGACGUCACGCCCGGCCAGUCGGGCAGCCCCAUCUACCGGCAGGUGCCCGUGGCCCCCGGCGGCGAGUUUGUCCAGUAUGGGAUCGCUGCCGCGGGCAGCGAUAAUUACAACCUUUGGGCGCAUGGCGAGGCGUUUGUCAAUGCCGUUACCGCGGCGAGGAGGGACUUUCCUGCUUAG